AAUUAUAAGGAAGUGAGGAGGGGGAUAGGGGCAAAUCAUUCAUUACAAUAGAGUGGUGAAGGAAGAAAAAUAUUUUUUUUUACAAAAUUGCGAAAACACAAGUAAUAGGUGUUAGUAGUUGCACUUUCUUUUGUUUUUAUUCCCUUCAUCCGUAAUUACAAGGAGAUAACAAUGACAAAUCAUAAGUGUAAAAGUAUAAAAUGACAUUUCGAUGAGUGUCACGAGUGAUUUAUGAUUGUGAAUAUAAGUCGCAGUAUCCGCGCACGAGUUGCGGCUCUGCGUGCUUAACCUAUAAACCGCUCCGCAAUUAUCGGCAACGAAAAUGGCAAAGUAAUAACAAAUAGAUUUUAGGCGAUAAGGGAGUGAAAUCAGAGUAAAAAUUUCAUCGUUUGUCGAGAAGGAAAAAUUCACAGCCGUUCUCAGUUUCUCACUUCUAACUGACGAAUUCUUCGUAAAGUUUGGUGACAACAAUCUGACGGUUUAGAAAGGAUCAAUGAAAAUAUAAAGAUUCAAAGUAAAACACUAAUAAAAACAAACGCUGAAAAUGACGACGAAUUUAGUGCAGCAGUUUGUGCAAAGACUGAAAUCCCGAAACGAGGAAUUACGAAACAAAGCAGCAAGGGAUCUGUGUCACUAUGUGAAAACAGAACUGCGAGAGGCUUCCCAAGAGGAGAUAACAGCCUUUAUGGACGAAUUUAAUCAUCACAUUUUCGAGAUGGUAUCAGGCUCAGACGUAAACGAGAGAAAAGGCGGUAUCUUAGCCAUAGUUUGUUUGAUAGGAGCGGAUGUAGGUAACAUAAAUACCCGCACCAUAAGAUUUGCAAAUUACUUGAGAAAUUUAUUGCCUUCCAACGACGUAGGUGUUAUGGAAUUGGCAGCGAAGACAGUGGGGAAAUUGGCACUCGUAUCGGGCACCUAUACAGCCGAGUAUGUGGAAUUUGAGGUGAAGCGAGCUUUCGAGUGGCUCGGCGGAGACAGACACGAAGGAAAACGUCACGCGGCUGUUCUUGUGUUGCGAGAACUUGCGGUGUCUAUGCCUACAUACUUUUUUCAACAGGUCACACCAUUUUUUGAUCUCAUAUUCAAUGCGGUGCGAGAUCCAAAGUCGGUCAUUCGUGAAGGGGCUGUGGAGGCGUUGAGAGCCGCUCUUGUUGUGACGGCACAACGCGAAACGGCCAAACAAAUGCAUAAAUCGCUGUGGUACAAACAAUGUUACGACGAAAUAGUAUCUGGCUUUGACGACAUUCAUCCGCGCGAAAGAGGCUCCAAUCGGGAUGACAGAAUUCACGGUUCGCUUCUGGUACUCAAUGAAUUAUUACGCUGCAGCAACAUUCAGUGGGAAAAGAAUUACGAAGCAUUAAUGGAGCGUUUGAAUUGUUCAACGCAGCAAAACGACAACGACAUUUUAUUACUGAUGCCAAGAUUAAAAACAAUAAUAGUAUCAAAAUGGUCAGGCGGUUCGUCGCAGAACGCUUCGAGUCCGCAGCAACACGUUUUGUAUCCAGUUCACGAAUCUGCGACUUGUCGCUGUCUGAUGCAGGAGCGCCUUGACGAUGUUUACAACGAUGUUAUGGCGCAAAGGAUGUCGCGGAAUCCGCACAUCCAACACGCUCUUAUGACGCUUUUACCGAGGCUCGUCGCUUUCAACAAGGAAAAAUUCAACAAGGAUCAUUUCCGGGAGACUCUCACUUACCUCCUGGUGACACUGAAAGGACGAGAAAAAGACAGAUACGCGGCGUUCAUGACGAUCGGUCUGAUAGCGGUCGCGGUUGAAGAUUCGAUCAAGCCUUAUUUACCAAAAAUCAUGGAAGUUAUAAAGAGCUCUUUGCCGUCGAAAGAAACACCGAACAAAAAGCGCAGCACGCCCCUCGAGCCCGCUGUUUUCAUAUGCAUAACGCUACUCGGCCACGCGGUUAAGCAAACGAUAACGAGCGACGUGCGCGAUCUCCUCGACCCGAUGUUGGCCACAGGAUUGAGCCCGAUUUUGACGACGUCUCUCCGGGAAUUGGCGCACAGCGUGCCAUCCUUAAAACCGGAUAUAUCACAAGGACUGUUGCGCAUGUUGUCCCAAGUGCUUAUGCACAAACCACUGCGACAUCCCGGUGCUCCAUGGUCGGCGACGAGUCCGACGACGUCGUUGCCAACGGAAAUCGACGUACCCUCGACCGUCCUUGCUCUCCGUACUCUUGGAACUUUCAACUUCGACGGGAAUCCGUUGUUGCAAUUCGUUCGUCGGUGCGCCGAUCACUUUCUCACGUCGGAACAGGCCGAGGUGCGGCUCGAGGCGGUACGAACGUGCUCGAGGCUGCUGAGACUCGCGUUGAAUCAGCCCGGGCCAACAGUGACGAACACCGUGUCCGCGGUUCUCGGUAAACUCCUCGUCGUCGGUAUCACCGACACUGACCCCGACGUCAGAAUCAGCGUUCUCGCAUCCCUCGACGACACCUUCGACAUGCACCUCGCUCAAGCGGAAAGCCUCUCGGCACUCUUCGUUGCGAUGAACGACGAAAUGUUCGAGAUACGAGAAUGGGCGAUAAGAACGAUCGGACGAUUGAGCACGAUGAACCCCGCGUACGUAAUGCCCUCGUUGCGAAAAACUCUAAUUCAAUUUCUUACAGAAUUGGAGCACUCCGGAAUGGGAAGGAACAAAGAACAAGCCGCACGGAUGUUGGACCAUCUCGUAGUGAGCGCGCCGCGGCUCAUCAGACCUUACAUGGAGCCGAUUCUCAAAGUACUCGUCCCAAAACUCAAAGAAUCCGAGCCAAAUCCGGGCGUUGUACUCGCGAUUUUGCGUGCCAUCGGUGAUCUCGCAGAAGUUAACGGCGCCGAGAUGCAGCAAUGGAUGCCCGAAUUACUCUCGAUCCUUUUGGAAAUGCUGGUCGACGCGAGUUCGCCCGAGAAACGAGGAGUCGCGCUCUGGGUCCUCGGACAGCUCGUCGGCAGCACCGGUCACGUCGUCAAGCCUUACAUGCAAUAUCCAACCUUACUCGAGGUGCUAAUUAACUUUUUGAAAACUGAACAACAGCCGAUAAUACGACGAGAGACCAUCAGAGUUCUCGGGCUCCUCGGAGCCCUCGAUCCUUACAAGCACAAGAUGAAUCGAGGACAGAUCGACUCUCAGUUGGACAGCUUGACGGCCAUGGCUGACAUCCGAAGCGACGUCGAAACCAAUCAGGAUCUAACGACGAGCGAAAUGCUCGUAAAUAUGUCCUCCUCGACUCUGGAGGAAUAUUAUCCGGCCAUAGCGAUCGCGACUCUAAUGCGAAUUAUCCGGGACCCAACUUUGUCCCAACAUCACACGAUGGUCGUACAAGCUGUUACUUUUAUAUUUCAGAGCCUCGGGAUCAAGUGCGUUCCAUACAUAUCUCAAGUUAUGCCGAGUUUCCUGAACGUCGUUAGAACGGCGGACUUCAAUUUCCGGGAAUAUCUCUUCCAACAGCUGGCGAUACUCAUCGCCAUUGUGAAACAGCACAUAAGAAAUUAUUUGGACGAUACGUUUAAUCUGAUCAAAGAAUUCUGGACGAUCAACAGCCCGCUCCAGAGCACCCUCAUUCUUCUCGUGGAACAUAUCGCCGUCGCUCUCGGUGCCGAAUUCAAAAUAUAUUUGCCGCAGUUGAUGCCCCAGAUACUCCGGGUGUUGACCCACGACACGAGCAAAGAUCGUUCCGUCACGGUCAAGCUGCUUCUGGCUCUCCAAAAAUUCGGCAACAAUUUGGACAACUAUCUUCACCUGGUGCUACCACCGAUCGUAAAAUUGUUUCACGCGAACGAUUGUCCCAUGACCGUGAACACAGUCGCCCUCGAAACCGUUGAUCAUCUGGCCGAUACCCUCGAUUUCACGGAUUUUGCUUCCCGGAUCGUUCAUCCCUUGGUCAGAACACUGGACCAGUGUCCGGAGCUCCGGAACACCGCGAUGGAUACUCUCUGCGCUUUGGUCAUACAAUUGGGUAAGAAAUAUCAGAUAUUCAUACCGCUCGUACAAAAAAUCAUGAGCAAACACAAAAUAACGAAUUCACGAUACGACGUACUCGUCGAUAAAAUACUGACGGAAUCUACCGUUGCCGAUGGGGACGAUUAUCUGCUCAUUCGACACCGUUAUUCUCGGAACAAAAACCGAGAUUUGUCGUUGACAUCCUCGGACACUACUGUCAUGAAGAAGCUCAAAGUUUCAGCCUCGAAUUUGCAAAAAGCCUGGACCGCUACGAGACGAGUAUCGAAGGACGAUUGGCUCGAGUGGCUGCGGAGCUUGUCGAUCGGUUUGCUCAAAGAAUCCCCGUCGCCGGCGCUGAGAUCCUGCUGGGCUUUGGCCCAAACUUAUUCCCAAUUACCGCGGGAUUUGUUCAACGCUGCCUUCGUCUCUUGUUGGACCGAAUUGAACGACACUUAUCGCGCGGAGCUCAUACAAACGCUCCAGCAAGCGUUGAUAGUUCCAGAUUUGCCAGAAAUAACGCAGACGAUAUUGAAUCUCGCGGAGUUUAUGGAACACUGCGACAAGGGUCCGUUGCCACUGGACAAUAAAAUACUCGGGGAACGAGCGAUGCACUGUCGCGCUUACGCCAAAGCGCUCCACUACAAAGAGGACGAGUUCCACAAAAAUCGUAACGGCAAUGUAUUCGAAUCGCUUAUAUCGAUAAACAACAAAUUACAGCAGAAAGAGGGAGCGGAGGGUCUGCUGGAGUACGUGAUGAAUCAGAGCAACCAGCAAGAUCUCAAAGUGCAGGUACGUUGGUACGAGAAACUUCAUAAUUGGGACAAAGCGUUGCAUCUUUAUCAGGAACGUUUGGAAACUGAUUUGAGCGACGUCGAGGCGACCCUCGGUGAAAUGCGGUGUUUGGAGGCGCUCGGUGAAUGGGGUCAAUUGCACGAGGUUGCCACGAAACAAUGGUCCCAACAGACCGACGAGACGAAGCAGAGGAUGGCGAGGAUGGCGGCAGCGGCUGCCUGGGGUCUGGGCCAAUGGGAAAGCAUGGAAAAAUACGUUUCCCUCAUACCGAAGGACAGUCAGGACGGCGCGUUUUAUCGAGCCGUACUCGCGAUACACGACGAGCAGUACAACGUCGCUCAUCAAUUGAUCGACAGUGCUCGAGAUCUGCUGGACACGGAGUUAACGGCGAUGGCCGGCGAGAGUUACCAGCGCGCUUACAACGCGAUGGUCGAAGUACAAAAACUCGCGGAGCUCGAAGAAGUCAUACAAUUCAAACUUGUCCCCGAGCGCAGGUCGACCAUCAAAGCAAUGUGGUGGGAAAGACUGCAGGGUGGCCAGAGGAUCGUCGAGGAUUGGCAAAAAAUUAUUCAGGUUCAUACCCUCGUCGUAUCGCCCCACGACGACAUGUACACUUGGCUCAAGUACGCGAGCCUCUGUCGUAAAAAUGGUAGCCUCAUGCUCUGCCACAAAACUUUGGUCAUGUUGCUCGGCGUUGAUCCGUCGUUGACUCCGGACCAGCCGCUCCCAACGACUCAUCCCCAGGUUACGUUCGCCUAUUGCAAACACAUGUGGAUGGCGAACAAACGGGAGGAGGCGUACAAUCAAUUGCGUACGUUCGUGCAAAGCUCGCUUCAACCGACAACGGCCUCGCUGGUGAAUCAGGAGGACGAAACCCAGCAGGAAGUUCGUAAGAGACUUUUGGCACGUUGUUAUCUCAAAUUGGGCGAAUGGCUCGAAGCCCUCCAAGGUAUAAACGAGCACUCUAUACCGGCCGUUCUCUCCUACUACGCGGCCGCCACCGAGCACGAUCCGACCUGGUACAAAGCUUGGCACGCAUUCGCUUAUAUGAAUUUCGAGACUGUACUUUUUUACAAACAUCAACAGGGCGAUGCCGGGAGUAACAGCUGCACGGGCAACAACCCCUUCGGAAAUACGCCGCCGAUCGGAGCAGCCGCAGGGGGAAACGGUUCUGGUAUGCUUCUGGACAAUGGAACCAUGGGAAAUUCGAAUCGUUCUGGGCUCUCGAGCUCCCAGUACAUCUCGCAGUUCACGGUGCCCGCUGUCGACGGAUUUUUCCGUUCCAUCAACUUGUCCCACGGUAAUUCGCUCCAGGAUACACUGAGAUUACUCACUCUCUGGUUCGAUUAUGGACAGUGGCCCGAGGUUUACGACGCUAUCGUCGAGGGCAUUCGAAUGAUCGAGAUCAACACUUGGCUCCAAGUAAUUCCGCAGCUUAUCGCUAGGAUCGACACACCCAGAGCUCUCGUCGGACGUUGCAUCCAUCAUCUGCUCAUCGACAUCGGGAAAACCCAUCCCCAGGCCCUCGUCUAUCCCUUAACCGUCGCCUCAAAGAGCGCCAGCUACGCAAGAAAAACAGCCGCUAAUAAAAUAUUGAAAAAUAUGUGCGAGCACAGUCCCACUCUCGUCCAACAAGCCAUGAUGGCCAGCGACGAACUCAUCAGAGUCGCUAUCCUCUGGCACGAGCUUUGGCACGAGGGUCUCGAAGAGGCUUCCAGACUCUACUUCGGCGAGAGAAACGUCAAAGGAAUGUUCGACACCCUCGAGCCCCUGCACGCCAUGCUCGAACGCGGUCCACAGACUCUCAAAGAAACCUCUUUCAAUCAAGCUUACGGCACGGAUCUCAUGGACGCCCAAGAAUGGUGCAAUCGUUAUAAGACUUCUGGCAACGUGCGCGAUUUGAAUCAAGCCUGGGACCUGUAUUAUCACGUUUUUCGACGGAUAUCGCGACAAUUGCCACAAUUAACCAGCCUCGAGUUGCAAUACGUCAGCCCGAAAUUACUCCUCUGUCGGAAUCUCGAACUCGCUGUUCCCGGUAGCUACAGUCCUGGACAACCGGUCGUCAGAAUCGAGAGUAUUCACAGCUCCAUGCAGGUCAUUGCGAGCAAACAGAGGCCCAGAAAAUUGUGCAUCAAAGGCAGCAACGGAAAAGAUUACAUGUUUUUGUUGAAGGGACACGAAGAUCUCAGGCAGGACGAACGUGUCAUGCAACUUUUUGGUCUAGUCAAUACUUUGUUGCUUCACGAUCCCGAUACAUUCCGAAGGAAUCUUACUAUUCAGCGAUACGCUGUGAUUCCAUUAUCUACAAACAGUGGCCUUAUUGGAUGGGUGCCUCACUGCGACACUUUGCACACGCUUAUUAGAGAUUAUCGUGAGAAGAAAAAAAUUCUUUUGAAUAUUGAGCAUAGAAUAAUGUUGCGGAUGGCGCCGGAUUACGAUCACUUGAUGUUGAUGCAGAAAGUGGAAGUGUUCGAGCACGCGCUCGAGCACACCCACGGUGACGAUUUGUCGCGUUUGCUUUGGCUCAAAUCACCUUCGAGCGAGGCAUGGUUCGAUCGUCGUACGAAUUACACGAGAUCAUUGGCCGUGAUGUCAAUGGUCGGGUACAUACUGGGCCUGGGCGAUCGGCAUCCGUCGAAUCUGAUGCUCGAUCGAUUGAGCGGAAAAAUUCUUCACAUCGAUUUCGGCGAUUGUUUCGAGGUCGCUAUGACCAGAGAAAAAUUCCCAGAAAAAAUACCGUUCAGACUGACGCGGAUGCUGAUCAACGCGAUGGAAGUUACCGGCAUCGAAGGCACUUAUCGAAGAACUUGCGAAUCCGUAAUGUCCGUGUUACAUCGUAAUAAAGACAGUUUGAUGGCGGUCCUCGAGGCUUUCGUUUACGAUCCUCUCCUCAAUUGGAGGCUGAUGGACAACGCAGCACCGAAAGGCAAACGAUCCGAUGCUCAGGGCAUGAACGCGAGCAGCAGUCAAGAACCUGGCGAUAUACUCGACUCAUUGACAUCCACAUUACCAAAGAAAGGAGUUCCUUGUAGCAUAGAAAACGGAGAGGACAGCAAUCAACCGGAAGCACUGAACAAAAAAGCUCUCACCAUCGUCACGAGAGUACGUGAUAAACUUACCGGCCGAGAUUUUCUUCACGAAGAAGCGAUCAGCGUACAAAGACAGGUUCACCUGCUUAUUCAACAAGCCACUAACAACGAGAAUCUUUGUCAGUGCUAUAUUGGAUGGUGUCCAUUCUGGUGAAGAGGAGAAGCAAGAAUAUACUUGGGUAAGAUAAAAAAAAAGCACAAGCGUUAGUCGAAACUUGAUACGGAAAAUAGAUACGAAAAAAUUGCUCAAGGAGGUUCGUUCUCGGGAUCCCCAUAAUAUUUCUUUCGUUUUAAAGAGAAACAAAAACUAUUAACAAAUUGCAUGGUGCAAACGAAAUCAUGUUUUUUCUAGAUUUUCACAAUCAACGUUAUUCUAUCGUCCGUCAAAAAGCGUAGUGGAGGAGCAAUUGUACAUUUCAUUUCGCGUCAGAAUGACGGUGCAACAAUUGCAAACGGUUUCGCGAAUUCGAGUCUACGUCGAUAAGAAUUACGUUUCGAAAGAUUCAUCGUUCACAACAACGAGUAGAGGUUAUUACCGGAAACUGUCCAAAAAGAACUGAAACUAAAAAUAUUUUUCAUUUCUUAAUCAUGUUAGAAGGACCGAGCCUCCUUAGAAGAAAGAAAAAGCCAAAUUGCUGCUUUUUGCCAGUAUUUUUACGAACGCGAUACAAAAUCGAGUGAUAAAAAUAAACACUUAAUAGACGUGAAUUACAGCUCGUAAGUACAUGGUCAAAUAAAUUUCGCGUUAACGAAAGAUAAAAAUGAACGAAGAAUUACAGAGAAAAACGUUCCUUGGUUGAGGAAAUUAACGCUAUUUAUAACAUUGCCUUUCCGUCAAAUCGUCCUUUAUUUAUUCUGUUAUUAUUAUUAUUAUUAUUAUUAUUACUUUCCCAUCGUUUAAUUGUACAAUGAAAAACAUGACAUUGCCAUUAUCAUAUCUGCAGAUAGUGUAUAUAUUUAUUGUUACUUAUAUCGUUUGUAUAUAAUGUUUUUUUGUGAUGAUGAGACAUUCAAUGAAAAAUGUAAAUGAGUCCACAAUCGGAUAUAUAUUAUGUAAGCAUAUAAAUAUAAAUAACAAAUGGAAAAUCAGAAUACCAGUUACGCUUGGUCAUUGGGAUGAGGCCCGGUGUGCAAAUGAAAAACUUUGUUCUCUGCGAUUGCUAAUAAACAUGGGGAUCAAAGAAUUUCUAAAGAAUUACAGAAAAGAGGCCCAAAUGAAAAUGCAUAGCUUCCGAUAUAUCGUCAAGCCUGCUGGUUCUCUAACUAACUUAUUUCUUGUAAAAUGCUAUUUUAUUGUUUAAGCUAAAUUAUUCGUAACACGAGUCCUCUCAACGAUCUUCGUUGUAAUUUUUUGAACAUAAAACCUGCUGUGUUUCGCACCCCAAUUUUUCUUUCGUGUAAAUGGUACGGAGAAAAAUAUUUCAUAUAUAUGUAUUUUUUCUUCAUUGAUUUCAACGAUUGUAUACAAUAACUUUUCGAGGGGACAAAUGUAGUAAAAAGUUUUUCAUUCAAACGGCGAGUAAGUGAUCUGUCGGGAAGACUUGUUAAUAUAUUACAACUAUAAAUAAAGCUUAUAUAUAAAUAUA